AAAUAAGCAGUUGAUUAAUGCCCAUUUUAGCUAUUAUAUUUAUAUAUUUGUAGCUUGUAACAUAUUUUCUAAAGUACGUGGGUCAAAGUAGCGGCUAAGAAAAAAUAUGGCUGCAACCCAACAAGUCCCGGCAGCAGUGCUUAGCGACGAGAACAAGGCUACUUUCGAGGAGCUAACAGCAGCCGCGAAGGAGAAAAAAGCUUUGGAGCCAAAGGUUGAUGCUAAAGAGGAAGCUAUCACUCAUGGUUUCAUUAUAAAUCGUCAUAAGAGCUAUGUAUCUUUGCAGAUACUUGAUCAACAUAACUGGUCCGGAAAUCCAGUGCCGAGCUACCCCCAAACUAUUGUAGUUAGCCAAGAUCCCAUUGAAUUCAAGCACCAAGGGCCUCUUCCAGAAGGGUCCAAGGGAGGUGUAGUUUAUGCUGAUGGUGUAGACUCCACUGCACGGAAGUGGCUCGUGGCUUUUGACCUUCUAAAAAAGAAGGUUUACGUAGAAGCUGGGCCAAUAGGACCAGUGGAUUGGAAUGUUAUUGAAGUUAGACUUGAUGCAUCCGGAAAUUCAAGUGUUUCUGUGGAUCCAAUUUUCGGAGGCAGAGCUGAAGCCGGAAACAAUGGUGAUAUAGUAGUUGCAUGGUUCUCUAAUUAGCCUACGCUACGAAUAGCUUGCUAAAAAGUUGUGUUGAUGGGAUGUAUGAACUCCGGUUUAAGGUCGUGCUGCAAGUAGGCAUAUUAUAAUAAGUUACUAGUAAUUAUUCACAAUAAAAAAGUCCUCUUGUUAUGCAGACAUAUUUGUGCUAAGAAGUGUAAUGUUAUUAAUUUAAGUAUAGUAAUUUAUGUUGGAUUGAUUCAAAGUAGUUAACUAUUUCCUAGGUGUAUGUGUUAGUUAUUAGUGCUCCAAAAUUAGUGGAAGGUGUAACUUUAGUUACAUAUUUAUUAAAUAUUACUAAAAUAAAACGUUGCUGAUGUUAUCAUUGUCUA